AUGAAGAACAAGAUCUCCGACGCGGUCAAGACCGACCACCGCGAGCUGGAGCACUAUUACCAUAUAAUUGUCAACUCUACCAACCCCGGAGAGAGGACGAAAUACCAGAACCAGUUCGUCUGGGAGCUCGCACGCCAUUCCGUCGGAGAGGAAUUGGUCCUGUAUCCCGCCAUGGAGAAGCUGAUGGGUGCAGAGGGAGAGAGGCUGACGGCCAAAGAUAGAAAGGAACAUCAAGUGGCGAAAGAACAGCUGCAAGAGUUCCAGAGCACCGAUGCAUCUGAUCCCAAGUUCAUGGACCGGAUCAAGGAGUUGAUGGAUAAUCUAGCAGAGCAUAUCAAGGAAGAAGAGAACAUCGACCUGGUCAAGAUCGAGGAGCUCUUAGAUCCCACGGAGAGUGACGAGAUGGCUGCUUCUUUCGAGAGGACGAAGAUGUUUGUGCCUACUCGAUCUCAUCCAGGAGCUCCGAAUAAACCGCCGUUCGAGACGGCCGUGGGACUCCUGACGGCCCCUAUCGACAAGGUGGCUGAUCUCUUCAGGUCUUUCCCCUAG